UUUCAUUUGCUUUUAUGAUAACGAUUUAAAAAUCCAGAAUCAUCUUCUAAAUCCUAUAUAUAUCCUUCCCACAUCUAUUGUGUUUCAUCGAGAACUGUAUUGAUCAAAGGAAAGUGAAGCUCUCUGAUUAGCUGAUCAUCUCUUUAAAGAUUUCAAUUUUCUUUCCAGGGUUACCUUCAAAAAAAAAAUGGCAUCAUCCCUCAUUCCCAGCUUCUUUGGCAGCCGCAGGACCAAUGUGAUUGAUCCAUUUUCUCUGGACAUUUGGGAUCCUUCAGAUGGCUUCUUCACCUCUACACUUGCCAAUGCGCCAUCCUCAGCAAGGGAAACCUCAGCUUUCGUCAAUGCAAGAAUCGAUUGGAAAGAGACCCCAGAAGUCCACAUUUUCAAAGCAGAUGUUCCAGGGCUAAAGAAAGAGGAAGUGAAAGUGGAGGUAGAAGAAGGCAGAAUCCUCCAAAUCAGCGGAGAGAGGAACAAAGAGCAGGAGGAGAAGAAUGAUAAGUGGCACCGCAUUGAGAGGAGCAGUGGGAAAUUUUUAAGGAGGUUCAGGUUGCCUGAGAAUGCAAAAAUGGAUCAAAUUAAAGCUGCCAUGGAAAAUGGAGUGCUCACUGUGACUGUUCCCAAGGAGGAAGAGAAGAAGCCUGACGUCAAAUCCAUUAAGAUUUCUGGCUAAGGAAACAAAUGCAAAUCUGCUACUAAAAUGGUUGCUUGGGAUCAAAAGUUCUGAAUAUGAAAUAAAAUUUUAAGUAACAA